GAUCAAGAUUGUUUUUAAAUCUUUAAAUCAAACAUCACAGAUUGAGAUGUUUGCAAUUGUUUUAACCUAAAAUGAAAAUUGUUUUAUAUUUUGGUUGCUUAAUAAUUGUUGUUCUUUUAUUUAGUUUUUCGAAUAGUGAAAGCAAAGUAUACAAUUGCAAUGAAUUGUUAAUGGGACAAUAUUUAUGCCCUGAUCCAAACAUAGAUCAUAUUGAUGAUAAAACACAACAAUUGAAAGGUUGUACCAAAGAAAAUAAAGCUAGAGUUUGGUGUAUAGCUGUCGAUGGAAUUAAGUGCAAUGAAACCAACAGUACCAGAUUUACAACUGAAGUUCCUUGUAAAUGGACCAAUGGUUACUCCUUCGAAACGGCACUUUUAUUAUCAGUAUUUUUGGGAAUGUUUGGAGCUGAUCGUUUUUAUUUAGGAUAUCCUGGUUUGGGAUUACUUAAACUAUGUACAUUUGGAUUUAUGUUUUUAGGACAACUUGUAGAUAUAUUAUUAAUAGCAACUCAGACUGUAGGCCCUGCCGAUGGAUCAGCUUACAUUAUUCCUUAUUAUGGUGCGGGUAUAUCAAUAAUUCGCAGCGAUAAUAACACGUAUCGAUUACCAAGGGAUGAUUGGAAUAUUCCAUCAUAUUUAUCUGUGAGAGAUGAGACUUAAUCAUUUUAAUUGAUUUUAUUGAAUAUUUAAAAUUUGUAAAUA